AUGUACUGGCCCAUCGGGACCCCCCGAAUCUUCGCAACAAGCAGCAGAUCUGGUCCUGCUUUCAACCUUGUCGUCUCCCAAGAUGGGCUGCCCAAUCCCUUUGACAAUCGACCGACUGACGAGCCCUCAUCGUACCUCAAUGCGCAGUCGCAACACUCCCAACAGCACGACGACAUAGAGCUCACUACUCCUCUAACACCAGUUACACCCGCCAUUCAAUCUGUCGACCAUGACGAUGCCCACGGCUCUGAAACAGCUCGGCUGUCGCCUCGACUGAACGUUAAUAUUCCCUUGAAAGAUCCCGUUCUUGCGUUGCGCAUAUCCCGCCCCGGUCAUCUUUUUGCCGUGAUAACCUCAACGUCAAUGACGAUAUGGCAGGCCAAGCCUACAGUGAUUCUAGCCGUUGUUGUCCGCUCGGAGUCCUCCCUGUCGACUUACGGCGAAAAUGUCGACCUUUUACUUCGCCCCGACUCGGCCAUCUUCGUGGUUCGAACAAGCCUAGGCUAUCUCAUUACAUACUCUCUGGCGAUGGACUCUGAAGCGCAAGUCUACAAGCCAUACUUUCCGAGUUACGCAAAUAUCCAGCGACGUCGCCAAAACCACCAUGGCGGGCCUGGGAGCACGGCUCCGGAUCAGUAUCUUUGGGGUCCUGGUGAAGGCCAAGGGGUCCGUGACGUGAGCGUUCGCUUCAGGAUGGUUAUCAAAGUCGACGCCGGCAUAGAAAGCGCCCUGGCACUGGAUGACGAACUGGUUGUGGCUACGUGCAAACCAGCGGCUGUUCAGUGCAUCCGUUGGACCCCGGAUCAAAGCGGCAGCCAGACGAAGACAGAGAUUCUCAGUCGAAUGGGGUGGCUGGAUAAGAAGAUCACCGUCGUCGAGAUGACCCAUGAUCGGCCCAUGAACCUAUCGACUUGGAUCACAAGUGACGGCAAGGUCUAUGCAGUCCAGCGUUUGCAUCCGCGCGACCAGUCCCAAGGAAACUCACAUGCAGUGGACCCCAAGAAGUUAUUUAAAGGUCACUGUUUCCACACACCGAGCCAACCGGAAGAAGCCGCCAAAAGAGCCGUCAUUAACGCUAGAUUCUCCUUGGUUGCUGUUGGAUGCGCAGAUGGUUGUAUUCGUGUCUAUUCUGCUCGAGACUAUGCCGGCAAUAUUCCGCCCUCGCAUACACACACCAUCCCAGUGUCAACGUCUGUUUCUGGCUCAAUCACUACUUUGAGCUAUUCCCCUGACGGAUACUGUCUAUUUGCUGGCUUCGAAAACGGCUGGGCUACCUGGAGCGUCUACGGAAAGCCCGGCAGCCAUAGUUUCGGCGCGCAUGAAGCGAUCAUUGACGCUAAUGGUGAGAAGUGGAUCGCUGGUGUAGGGGAUGCUGUCUGGCUCGGGAGCGGCUCAGAAAUACUCAUCACGCAUCGUCAGCACGAGGCGAUUUGGGCGCUAGAAAUGGCCAGGAGUGCAGUGGUCGGCAACUACAACGCAGCGAAUCUCAUGCGAACGGUAUUGCAGACAAGCACAAACGUCAUGAUAUAUCGUGGAUAUGACCUGCCAGACCUGGCGGGUAUCUCGGCAGAGCCACAUUUAUGGCAUACGACAAAGAUACCCUCGGCUUACCUUCUUCAUCAAUGGCCGAUUCGGCACACUGUCGUUUCACCGGACGGACGGUAUGUUGCUGUGGCUGGACGCCGAGGUCUGGCUCACUACAGCGUCAACAGUGGCCGGUGGAAGACAUUCGCCAACGAGGCCAUGGAAAAUGAGUUUCAGGUCAGAGGCAGCAUGUGUUGGUACCAGCACAUUCUGGUGGCUGCGGUAGAGGCCAACAAGGCGCAUGAACUUCGCCUCUACUCUAGAGAGACGGGCCUCGACAGCUCUCAAGUGCUACACACUCAGCCGUUACCGGCACCGGUGGUGUUGGUGACCACAACAGGGGAGGAUUCCUUGCUUGUUUACACAUACGAGAAUCUUCUUUACCACUUCAUCUUCGCGCCUACGGGCGGUUCGAUUAGGCUGGUUCAGCUGGGACAGAUUGCGUUCCACGGAAUAGUUCGAUCGCCCGCUAGAGUCCGUGGACUGAGCUGGAUUUUGCCAGAUAGUCAACUCGUCGACGGCGAUCCGUCGCAAGAUGUCGCUGUUGCGUCGGUCUUGUUUCUGGUUGAUGCCAAACUGGUGUUGCUUCAGCCCUCGUUUAACAGCGAGGGAAACCUGAAAUACGACAUGAAAGUCAUUGCUCAAAACGUGGAAUUUCAUACACAUCUGUUUCUACCCGAUAUCUUGCGCUUCUUUCUGACUGAGGGCAGGACGGUAGACGCGGUCAAGCUGUCGGAACAGUAUCAGAAGUUAGAGUACUUCGCGCAUGCCCUAGAGGUCUUGCUUCACAAGGUUCUGGACGACGAAGUGGAUUCUGGACCGAGCCCGGAGGAGGCGAUCCUGCCACGAGUUCUGUCGCUGCUGUCGUCUUUCAAACAGUACCUAGACAUUGUGGUACAGUGUACAAGGAAGACCGAGGUGAGGCAGUGGCGGACGCUGUUUGCAUACCUCCCACCGGUGCAAGAGCUGUUUGAAGAGUCGCUUCAGCGAGGCUCCCUCAAGACCGCUGGUGGCUAUCUCAUCAUAUUACACACACUGGACGAGCUGGGGUCUGCUUCGGAGCAAACAGUGCGAUUGUUGUCGAGAGCAAUGAAGGAGGGGGAUUGGGAUUUGUGCAAGGAACUGGCACGUUUCUUAGCGGCCAUGGAUGAGACGGGCGACACACUGCGCGAGGCUAUGGAGGGAGUGAAUAUUACACUGAGGAGCAACGAGGACCGGUCUGGGAUCAUGAGUCGGCUUGAUGUCCCAAACAGUAGAGGUGUCAACGGUCUGGGCCUGAAGUAUGCAGAACAAAGCGACGAAAUGGAGUCGGAGGGCCAAUCCACCAGCGAUGCUGCAAGCUUCAGUUCUGAUGGUCGCUAG